AGGAGAGGCCCCAAAGAAGGACUCAGCCAGAGCCUAUUCCCUGAGCUCAGCCGGUCCUUGAAUCCCGCUCCUGCCCCUCAGACCCAGCGCACCGGGUGCCUCCCCUGAGAGCCGCCAGGAGGGACUGUGGGACCGGAACGUGCGGGGGCGCAGGAGCUGGGCACCGCCCGUCCUUCGGAGGGAGGGUGGAGAGAGAGUGCAGUGGUGCCAAUUGCUCUCGCUGCGUCAGGGGUUCCAGAUAGCCAGAACCGCAAAAGCAGGCGGGGGUGUCCCAGAGUCAGCUCUGCCUGCACCCCAGGGCACUGGGGCCGGGCGUGGGGCGGGGGGUGGUAUAAGAGGACAGCCCAGCAGACGGCUGGGGAUCUUGGAGCCCAGCUGUGUGCCAGCCCAAGUCCGAACUUGGAUCACAUCAGAUCCUCUCGAGCUCCAGCAGGAGAGGCCCUUCCUCGCCUUGCAGCCCCUGAGCGGCUCAGCAGGGCACCAUGGCAGGAUCCCUUCUCCUGCCCCUGCAGAUCCUACUGCUAUCGUUAGCCCUGGGAACUGCCGGACAAGAAGCCCAGGGUGACAAGAUUAUUGAUGGUGCCCCAUGUACAAGAGGCUCCCACCCAUGGCAGGUGGCCCUGCUCAGUGGCAAUCAGCUGCACUGCGGAGGCGUCCUGGUCAAUGAGCGCUGGGUGCUGACUGCCGCCCACUGCAAGAUGAAUGACUACACCGUGCACCUGGGCAGUGAUACGCUGGGCGACAGGAAAGCUCAGAGGAUCAAGGCUUCGAGGUCAUUCCGCCACCCUGGCUACUCCACACAGACCCAUGUUAAUGACCUCAUGCUCGUGAAGCUCAAUAGCCGGGCCAGGCUGUCAUCCACGGUGAAGCCAGUCAGGCUGCCCUCCCGCUGCGAACCCCCUGGAACCACCUGUACUGUCUCUGGCUGGGGCACUACCACGAGCCCAGAUGUGACCUUUCCCUCUGACCUCAUGUGCGUGGAUGUCAAGCUCAUCUCCUCCCAGGACUGCACGAAAGUUUAUAAGGACAUGCUGGGAAAUUCCAUGCUGUGCGCUGGCAUCCCCAACUCCAAGAAAAACGCCUGCAAUGGUGACUCGGGGGGACCGUUGGUGUGCAGAGGUACCCUGCAAGGUCUGGUGUCCUGGGGAACUUUCCCUUGCGGCCAACCCAACGACCCAGGAGUCUACACUCAAGUCUGCAAGUUCACCAAGUGGAUAAAUGACACCAUGAAAAAGCAUCGCUAACACCCCACCAAGAGUUAAAUAACUGUGUGCUUCGAACAGAAAAUGCACAGGAGUAAGGACGCUGAUGACCCGUAAAGUCAUAUUUGACUUUACCUUUCCUCAGAGAUAUACUUAAACCUCAUGCCCUGUUUGUAAACCAAUCAAAUUGGUAAAGACCUAAAACCAAAACAAGUAAGGAAACAAAACCCUCAGUGCUGGAGAAGACUCAGUGAGACCGUCACUCUCAAACACUGGAAGUGGAUGUUCUACAGUCUUGAUGGAAGACAGUUGGUCAACGUACACCGAGACCCUUAUUCACCACCUUUGAUCCAGUAACGCUAGUCUUAGGAAGAACCUAUUAAAAAAAAAAAAUCCAAACUGUAGAACAAGACUUGAAUUUAUCAUAAUAUUAUUUAUCACAGAAAUAAAGUGAAAACAUCAAACAUGUUCCAAAAGUACUGGAUGGCUUAAAUAAUAGUCUGGUUUGGCACAAUGAUUUUUUUUUUCUUUGAGACAGAGUCUCACUCUGUUGCCCGGGUUACAGUGCAGUGAUGCAAUCUUGGCUCACUGUAACCUCUGCCUCCUGGAUUCAAGUGAUUCUCAUGUCUCAGCCUCCCAAGUACCUGGGACUACAGGUGUGCACCACCACACCAGGCUAAUUUUUUGUGUAUUUUUACUAGAGACAGGGUUUCACCAUGUUGGCCAGCGUGGUCUCGAACGCCUGACCUCAGAUGACCCACCCACCUUGACCUCCCAAAGUGCUGGGAUUACAGGCAUGAGCCACCACGCCUAGCUCACAAUGAUAUUAUAAACCUAUUAAAAAUGAUUCUUAGAAUUGUUAGUAUUAUGCAAGAAUGUUUAGGCUAUAUGAUGCUAAAUGAUAAAAGGAAGAGACAAAAAUAUAUAUGUAUGUGAACUUAACCAUAAAAAAUAAAAUAUUCACAGAAUCAAAUCUGAAAACACAUGUCCCAGACUGCAUACUGGGGUCGUCAUGAGGUGUCUCCUUCUUUCUGUGUACUUUUCCUUGCAUGUGUGCUUUUAUAACAUGAAAAAUAAAGGCGGGAAAAAAAGUC